ACUAAUCCGAGAUUUAGAUUAGCAGGAUGCGUAACACUCCAUCAACAUCAAAAUGAGAAAAUGUGAGACAGAGAGGUCAAAUAAAAAAGGAAAAAAAAAUCAAAGAGAGGAGAGAGAAAGAGAGAACAAAAAAAAGAAGGUAGGUAAAAAUUAAAAGUCAUUGAAUGAAAACACUUUCACUCCUCUGCUCUUUGUUGACCUCAGAAACCUUCCACUAAUUUUCUUUUCUCCCUUUCUUCUUCAUUUCACUCUCUCAACUUCCCCCAAAAUUUCAAUUUUCCUAACCCUAAUUUUUAGAUACAGAAGAAAUCUCAUCUAGUGUAAUUUUUUCCUCUAUGAAGUUUUUGACUUAAAAAGUCAAAAUGGGGGGUCAGUUCUUCCUUCUGAGCUUCUCUAUAUUAAAUGUUGCCAAUUAGGGUUUCUCUGUUUUUUGAUUUUUCAGUGUUUUGGGGAUCUGGGUUUUUAAAUUCAGUCUUUUUUGGGUGAUGGGUUUAGUUUAAUUUAGCUAAAUUUAGCUGAUUUUUCUCCUCCUUUGUCUUCUUCAAAAGUCAAACGCAAAAAUACUCCCUUUUCUGGGCCAAGAUUGGUGCUUGAAAUUAUUUCUUCAGUUUGUUUCUGUUAAUUGUUUUGAUUCUAUAUUAACUAUCACUUUCUGGGUUUGAUCUUCUUUAAAGAUCAACUCUUUUGCUGAGAAUAAUUUGUGGUCCAGUUUAGAUUUUCCUUCUAAUUAUUUUUUGGCCCUUUAUUUCACCUUUGAAUCUCUAUAAUUCUUUGUGUUUUUGAAUGCUUUGUUAAAGCAAUCAAACUCUCCUGCUGAAAUUAGUGGAAGCUGUUUAGUGGCAACUUUUUGUUUGGUGUUAUUUUCUGAAAGCAGACUCAUUGAUUUUGGAGAAAGCAAUUUGAAGUGAUUCCCUCUUUUGCAAGUUUUGAAUUUGAACUUGCUUUCUCUCUCCUAGGUGUUGUUUGUUAAACUAAACCUAGGGUUUUGGUAAAUAAUUUGUGUUGGGGUUAGGUUUUGAAUUAAUCAUCUUUAGCUCAGAUGCAUCUGUCACUAUGGAAGCCUAUUUCCCAUUGUGUAUCUUUGAUCAUUGACAAGAAGGGUAGAAGAAAAGAUGGGUCUGAAUUUGGGGAAGAUAGCAAGAAAAACCCUUCAGUUCUGAGGAAGUUGCAGGAGAACAAGCUUAGAGAAGCUCUUGAGGAAGCAUCUGAAGAUGGGUCUCUUCUAAAAUCCACUCUGGACAAUGAUGCUGAGGCCAAUUCCAACAAAGAUGAGGGCCUCGGACGCUCGAGAUCGCUUGCAAGGCUCCAAGCCCUGAAAGAAUUCCUCAGAGCAACUGCUUUAGCAGCGGAUCGUACUUACGAUUCUGAAGACUCGAUUCCGGCUCUUAAUGAGGCCUUUUCUAAAUUCCUCACCAUGUAUCCCAAGUAUCAAUCUUCUGAGAGGAUUGAUCAGCUGAGAUUAGAUGAAUAUGGGCAUCUCACAGGGCCAGCUCCCAAGGUAUGUCUAGAUUAUUGUGGAUUUGGGCUGUUUUCUCACCUUCAGACUCUCUAUUACUGGGACACUUCAAGUUUUAGCUUGUCUGAGAUGAGUGCUAAUUUGAGUAAUCAUGUCUUGUAUGGUGGUGCUGAGAAAGGGACUGUUGAACAUGAUAUAAAAACUAGAAUUAUGGAUUAUUUGAACAUUCCUGAGAAUGAAUAUGGAAUUGUCUUUACAGUAAGUAGAGGUUCAGCCUUUAAAUUGCUGGCUGAAGCAUACCCUUUUCAUACAAACAAGAAAUUGUUAACUAUGUUUGAUCAUGAGAGCCAGUCUUUGAAUUGGAUGGGCCAAGCUGCCAAGGAGAAAGGAGCCAAAGUUUAUAGUGCGUGGUUUAAAUGGCCUACUCUCAAACCGUGUUCAGCUGAUCUUAGGAAGCAGAUUCUGAACAAGAAGAAGAGAAAGAAGGAUUCUGCUGUUGGGCUUUUCGUCUUUCCUGUUCAGUCCAGGGUGACGGGAUCCAAGUACUCGUAUCAAUGGAUGGCUUUGGCGCAACAAAACAAUUGGCAUGUUUUGUUAGAUGCUGGUGCUUUGGGUCCGAAAGAUAUGGAUUCACUUGGGUUGUCGUUAUUUCGUCCUGAUUUCAUAAUCACAUCAUUUUACAGGGUAUUCGGUUAUGAUCCUAGUGGAUUUGGAUGCCUUCUUAUCAAAAAAUCUGUUUUGGCAUGCCUUCAAAACCAAUCUGGGGUGACUGGAACUGGAAUGGUGAAGAUCACUCCAGUCUUCCCGCAAUAUUUGGGCGAUUCAAUGGAUGGUCUUGAUGGGCUGAUUGGGGUUGAGGAUGAUGAAGUUGAUGAGAAUGGAGAAUUUAAAGGGGACACCCAGAAGGGAUCGCAAAUGCCAGCCUUUUCUGGUGCUUUUACUUCUGCUCAGGUGAGGGAUGUUUUUGAUACUGAGCUGGAGCAUGAAAAUAGCUCUGAUAGAGAUGGUGCUAGCACAAUCUUUGAAGAGACUGAGAGUAUUUCUGUUGGGGAGGUGAUGAAGAGCCCUAUUUUCAGUGAGGAUGAAUCAUCUGACAACUCAUUCUGGAUUGACUUAGGACAAAGCCCGAUGGGUUCCGAGAAUGUAGGCCAGCUGGAGAGACAGAGAUCCACUCCUUCGCCACCCUUAUGGUUUACUGGGAAGAAGAACGGCAAGAGGGUCUCCCCGAAGCCAGCAGCUAACAACACCAGGAGCCCGACUUAUGAUGGGCGACAUAUGCUAUCAUUUGAUGCUGCAAUUCAAUCAGUGUCGCGUAGUACUGAAAAUGUUCAUGAGAUCAAUGAGGAAAUACAACCUGUUCAUGAGAUAGAAGAGGAGUAUGAACACGAAAGGGCAAGGAACAAAGCAUCACUGAAUGGUUCGGUAAAUGGGUCCAAUUUCAACUGUCACAAUUUGGCAUCUCAUGGUAUUACAUCGGAAGUGUGUGCUGAGACGAAAGAAAGUGCUAUCAGAAGAGAAACAGAAGGUGAGUUCAGGCUUUUGGGAAGGAGGGAUGGCAAGAAAUUUGCUGGUGGCCGGGUUGUAUGCUUUGAAGAAGAUGAUAUUGCUAGCAAAGGAAGGAGGGUGUCCUUCAGUACAGAGGACAACCACAGAGAGCAAUCUGGUCAUACCCUGGAGGCAGGUGAGGCGUCUACAAGAAACAUCGAAGACUAUGAUUAUGCAAGUGACGGAGAUUAUGGCGAUGAACUAGAAUCUGAUAGGAGAGAACCAGAGAUAAUUUGCCGGCAUCUUGAUCAUAUAAACAUGUUGGGCCUCAAUAGAACGACAUCUAGGUUACGGUUUUUGAUUAAUUGGCUUGUAACGUCCCUUCUGCAACUGAGAUUCCCUGGUCCAGAUGAAAAAGAUACUGUGCCUCUUAUCCAAAUAUAUGGCCCUAAAAUUAAGUACGAAAGAGGAGCUGCCGUGGCUUUCAAUGUGAGAAACAAAGACAGAGGGCUAAUAAAUCCAGAGGUUGUCCAAAAGCUUGCAGAAGCCCAUGGCAUCUGUCUUGGUGUUGGCAUCCUCAGCCAUAUAAGAAUCAUGGAUGGUCCAGGGAAUCCCAAUGGAGAAUUGAACAUUACAGAUACGACAUUGUGCAAGCCAAUGGCAAAUGGCCGUUUUGAUGGAAAAAGCGGGUUCUUUAGAGUGGAGGUUGUCACUGCAUCACUUAGUUUUCUGUCUAACUUUGAUGAUGUGUACAAGUUGUGGGCUUUUGCUUCAAAGUUUCUUAACCCAGCCUUUAUUAGAGAAAGUGGACUUCCAACUGUUGAAGAAGGUGUAGAGACAUGACAUGGUCCCCCAUGAAGCUACUUCUUUGUUCAGUUCAAGCGCCAUCAGAUCAUAGUGAAAAUUGGAGAUCUGAUUUCUUCCUGUCAAAUUGAAGAUCGUGAAGAAUACAAGAGUGCAGGAUCAAUUUCACAUUGCUGGAUUCGCUAACACCUUCGGACUCUUUCAUCGCCCAUGGUAAAUUUGUUUAUUCAUGUUUUCACUUGGGCAUUUUUUGUUUAGAUCUUAUGGGUGCUUGUUACAUUUGCUUGUCUUACCACCACAAGUGUUUUAAUAUAUGGUCUCAAAUGAUUGUUUUGCACAAAAUAUUUAACCAUUUGGGUAAUAUUAUUUAUCCAUGAAUUAUGGUUCUCUAGUUUGUGUAUAAUGUUCAAGUGAACCUUAAUAGUUCAGUAAUGUGAUACCUUUGAGGGCAAACAAUACAUAGAAAUCAGGAGCAGGGUUACAUGAAA